CCAGUUAUUCAUACGUCAAAACAUGUGCAACAACACUCCCUGUUGCAGUUGACCAGACUUGUGUCUAGAAUUUGACAGGGUAAUGCGAUGUGGUCAAUCUAUCUCAGCCUUUGACGUGGUCUUCAUAACCCUUUCAACGUGCCAACUGACAAAGUCAACCUGAAAAUUUCAUGCCCAUAGAAGCCUGCACAGAAACUUGUCAAUCCGUGGAUAGAGAUGUCUAAAUGUGAGAUAUAUAUGUAUAUAUAUAUAUAUAGCUGAUUUCAACCCUUCGCCGCCAUCAGUAUCAUUUCAUUUUCCCCUCUCUUGUCACUCUUUCACUCUCACCUGUUGUAGGUGAUGAAGGAAGCAGAGCUGUAAACCAGUUCCCAAGUCAAGUCAACUUGAUUGCCACACCAAUCCAAAGCUCUAAAAAGAGCUCCUCCACCAUAUGUCCUUCCUCCUCCCUUCCGAGAAUCAUCCUCCUCCACCUCCACCACCACCACACCAUCACCAUCAGCCCCCUAAUCAAAUCACCAGAUACCCAAUGAAUCGAAUGCCCACCCACACCACCACUUCAAUCUCCCUCCUCCAAUCCCAAUGUCCAUAUUAUAUAUAUGUACUAUAUAUAUGAGCUCCCUCGACACCCUCUCACCCUCUUACCUCAACCACAGAGCGCACCAUGAGACCCGGCCAGGACCCUUCGACUCGGCCCGGCCCACCGAGCCGCACCCGGCGCCGCCCCGACCUCACCCUUCCCCUCCCCCUCCGCGACGCCUCCCUCGCCGUCCCCCUCCCCCUCCCCCCGCCCUCCGCCCCCGCCGCACCCCCGCAGGUCCCCGCUCUCACCGACCUCGAGCGCGUCCGCCGCGUCGGCAGCGGCGCGGGCGGCACGGUGUGGAUGGUCCGCCACCGCCUCACCGGCCGCGUCUACGCGCUCAAGGUGAUCCAUGGCCACCACGACGACGGCGUCCGGCGCCAGAUGCGCCGCGAGAUCGAGAUCCUCCGCGCCACCGACAGCCCCUCCGUGGUGCGGUGCCACGGGUUCUACGACCGGGGCGGGGAGAUCCAGGUGCUCCUUGAGUACAUGGACGGCGGGUCCCUGGAAGGCCGCCGCAUCGCCUCGGAGGCCCAGCUCGCCGACGUGGCGCGGCAGGUCCUGGCGGGGCUCGCGUACCUCCACCGCCGCCGGAUCGUGCACCGCGACAUCAAGCCGUCCAACCUCCUGAUCAACGGCGCGGGGGAGGUCAAGAUCGCCGACUUCGGAGUCGGCCGGAUCCUGGCGCAGACGAUGGACCCCUGCAACUCCGCGGUUGGGACGAUCGCCUACAUGAGCCCCGAGCGGAUCAACACCGACCUCAACGAGGGCGCCUACGACGGCCGCGCCGGCGACAUCUGGAGCUUCGGGGUCAGCGUCCUUGAGUUCUACCUGGGCCGCUUCCCCUUCGGCGAGCGGCUCGGGAGGCAGGGCGACUGGGCGAGUCUCAUGGUGGCCAUCUGCUACGCGGCGCCGCCGGAGGCGCCGCCCACCGCAUCCCCGGAGUUCCGUAGCUUCGUCGCUUCCUGCCUGCAGAAGGAGCCCGCGCGGAGGCUCACGGCGUCGCAGCUCCUGCGCCACCCCUUCGUGGCCCAGUCGCCGGUGGCCGCUCCGCCGGAUCUCUCAUCGCUGAGACUCGGAUAGACGGCCAAGACGACCUCGGAGGAUAAGAAUGAUUGUGUCCUUUUUUCGGAAAACCCCCUGGAAAGUUGACAUUUUGGAAGGCGGCCAGUGAGAUGUUAUGUUAUAUGAUGUAUUUUGUUCGUAAAAGCCCCUAGAAGAAAAAGAAUUGGAAGGUGGGCACCGAACAGAGGAGACUUAUUGUAGAAUUAGUUCCCUUUCUCCUCCUAUUUCUAUUUCGCAUUUAAUUUAUUUGAAUUUUACAUCUUGUCAAAA